AUGUGGGAGACGUCUUGUGACGAUGCCACGGCUAGAAGAGAGGAGAGGACUGUCUCUUGUCAUCUGGAGUGGCCGUGCAAGCGCUCUGGCUGUCCCGGGCCGGUGGCACAGCAGCAAAGACAAAUCGGUGGCAAGACAGAAGAUGCGUCGGCUCGUCUGGCAGCAGAGGCGGUGGCCAUGCGGCUCUUUCACGGUGCUUUUUGGGAACUGCUGGGCCUCUGGCACUCGGAUCCGCACUCCGUAUCGCGCUCUGUGAAGGAAAUGCACCUGGCAGGGGGCGGGCUCGGGGCCGCUUGCUCUGCGUAUGGAGCACUUGUCCAUCCCAUCUCAUCUUGCUCUGAAUACGGAUACGUCGUAGUGUCCGUCGAGUGCCAUGGCACCGUGGCGCCGUGGCGCCGUGGACCUUGCCCCAAAACAGGCCGCCGCGCAGAGUGGCAACGAGCGAAUGGGCGCGCUACGGCGAAAGUAUACAGCGCUAUGGGGCGCUACGACGCGCUACUACAGGCAGCGUAUGUGCCCGCACAAAGCACGGCAUUGGCAGAGGCGGCGGCUGGCGUUGAGAGCGAUCGUGUGGGAGACGGAAAAAGAAAAGACAAAAAGAAAUAA